AUGGACUUGUACAGUGAUUACCAUAAUGGACUUGUUGUCAAGAUGUUAGAUGUGCAACUUUUUCUCUGCCUUCUGCUAUCAGUGGCACAACUGCUUAGUGGUAUUUUAGCCAACGGGAUCAUUUUAGCUGGGAAUGGUAUAGACUUGGUCAAGAGAAAGAUGUGGAACUCCCUGAGUCUCCUUCUCUCCUGCCUAGCCAUUGUUCGGAUUAUAAUACAGGUGUUAUUUUUCUACAUGGCGUUGGCUUUUCUCUCCUUGGUAGAAUUUCCUAUGGUAGAGAGAUAUUUUGUUGUCUGUAUGUUCAUUGAAGAAUUGGGACUCUGGUUUGCCACAUGGUUAGGUGUUUUCUACUGUGCAAAGAUCGCCAACAUUUCCCACCCAAUAUUCUUCUGGCUGAAGAGAAGGAUUUCCAAGCUUGUACCCUGGCUGAUCCUGGGGUCCGUGCUGUAUGCAUCUGUCAUUUUAAUUGGACACAGCCAACAUACAUCGAAAAUUUUUAAACAAAUAUUACUGAGUUUUCUCUCAAAUAAUGGCACAAAUCAGAACAAACAAGACUUUGCUUAUCCAUACACUAUUUUUAUCAUUGGAUUGUCCCUGCCGUUGUUUAUUUUCCUUACAGCUGUGUUGCUCCUUGUUAUCUCUCUCGGGAGACAUACAAGGCAGAUGAGGUUGAGUAAACUUAGUCUCAUAAGAAAAAAGCCUGUCCGUCUUGGAGCGGCGACUGCAGAACAGGGGCCCCGGGCAGUGCAGCGGGGCCGGCAAGCAGAACGGCGGCGGCGGCGACGUCGCCAGGAAACCUAA